AUGCAACGGCUAGUUCAGCACACGAUUUUCAUUCUACUGCUAUAUAAAUGGCGCACCAGUACAGCAUCAUCAUCAUCACCGGAGAUAGCACAGAAGAAUUGUACAUCGCUCUGCGGAGGUGUUCAGAUCCCAUACCCUUUUGGGAUUGGACCUAACAACCAUUGUUACUUUGACGGGUGGUUUGAAAUAGAAUGCAGGAACUCCAUAGAUUUCCAGUUUUUCAACAGUUCUGUUCCAGAGACGCCGUUCUUGAGGCGUCUACAACUGGAGGUGCUGAGUAUUUCCAUCGUAAACGCAACGCUUCAGGUUCUGAGCCCUGUUACUUUCUUUAGUUGCAAGAGGAAGAAAUCUCCGCCCGCACCAAAUCUGACGGCAAGCCCUUUCUCAUACGCCACUGAUGAUCACAACACUUUCUUUGCAGUCAGUUGUGGCUUAUUUGCUUCAAUGCGCACAGCCGGACCUCCAAACCAUACUGUUGCUGGGUGCGCAUCAACCUGUUCUUCAACCACACCCCUCACUAAUGAAUCCUGUGGAUACGGUAUCAACUGUUGCCGGACUACCCUAUCUCAAUACGUCACUAGUUUCAGUGUCAUGCAAGAACAAGAUGAAACAAGAAGAAAUGCGAUGGAUUGCAAGGACUAUGCAUUCCUGGUUGACCAGAAGUGGUAUGAUACUCAUAUACCAAACGUUAGCUAUGUGAAGGAUAUGGAAUUCGUUCCUGUUGAGUUAGACUGGAGCUUAAGCUUGGAAAAGAAUAAGUCAUUGAUCAAAUCAUUUGAGGCAUUCAACAUGACUGACUGGAGGAACCUAACUGACUCGAGACCCUUAUGCGAGAGAGUUGAUCCUGAUCCGCUUUUCAAUCGAACAUGGUAUUCAUGUACAUGUCCAGAAGGCUUUGAAGGAAAUCCCUACCUUCUCCAACCUUGUCGAGAUAUUGAUGAAUGCAAAGAUAAUAAUCCGUGCGUGGGUCUUGAUCUUCAUACUACUACUACUUGGAAUAUUAGUAAUGCCAAAUGCAACAAUACUGUUGGGGGUCAUACUUGUUACUCCACUAGAACAGGGGAAACCUGCGAAUUGUUUGCCUUUGGGGUUGCUAAGUGCUACUCAAAAAACAGGCCUCAUUCUCAGCUCAAGCCAAUUCUCUCUGGUCUUGGCGCUGGUAUCGGAUUAUUGUUAUUGCUUAGUGGUGCAUGGUGGAUAUAUAAGUUUGCAAAGAAAUGGAACAACAAUAAACUUAAGCAGAUGUUUUACAAACGAAAUGGUGGAUUAUUGUUGGAACAACAAUUAUCGUCAGGUGACAUUAACAUCGAGAGAAUUAAAUUGUUCGAAUCCAAGGAGUUGCAGAGGUCUACUGACAAUUUUAACGCUGAAAGAAUUAUUGGUCAAGGAGGGCAAGGUACCGUUUAUAAAGGCAUGUUGAUGGAUGGAAGAAUUGUGGCAGUUAAAAAGUCUAAAAUGGUAGAUGAAGCAAAGCUUUCAGAAUUCAUCAAUGAGGUUGUCAUCCUUUCUCAAAUCAACCACAGAAAUAUUGUUCAACUGUUGGGUUGUUGUUUGGAGACGGAAGUUCCUCUUCUGGUUUAUGAAUUUAUACCCAAUGGAAACUUAUCUCAGUAUAUUCAUGAGCAGAGUGAAGAAUUUCCACUUACAUGGGAGAUUCGUUUACGAAUUGCUACAGAAAUUGCAGGAGCUCUAGCCUACUUACAUACUUCAACUUUGUUUCCGAUUUUUCAUAGAGACAUCAAGUCCACGAACAUACUUCUAGAUGACAAGUACAGAGCAAAAAUUGCCGACUUUGGAACUUCAAGAUUAGUUGCCAUUGACCAAACUCACCUGACCACAAGAGUACAUGGCACAUUUGGUUAUUUGGAUCCUGAAUACUACCAGACAAGCCAGUUUACAGAGAAAAGCGACGUCUACAGCUUCGGAGUGGUGCUUGUUGAGCUCUUGACCGGAAAGAAACCGGUAACAAGGUCAGACGAAGAUGAAAUGUACAAAAGUCUUGCCUCAUAUUUCAUAGUCUCAAUGCAGGAAGAUUCUCUAUUUGACAUUCUUGAUGCUCGAGUAGUGAACGAAGGCUCUAAAGAUGGAAUAUUGCGAGUCGCUAAUCUUGCAAGGAGAUGCUUGGGUUUGAAUGGAAGAAAACGCCCCACAAUGAGAGAGGUCACUACAGAAUUAGAGGUCAUCCAAUUAUCUGAGAAACCUACCGGAGCUCAAGAAAACUGUGAAAGCCUUGAAGUUGAACAAGAUUAUCAAAUUGAGCAGUGGGAUGACGUUUUUUCUGGCUCAACUACAAUGUCCACUUGGAAAGGUGCUCCGAGUACAUCAUCAGUUGAACUUCGACGAUUGUUUGAGAAGACAUGUUGA